AUGAGAAGAAAUCUUGCAAAGCAAACCAAUGAACAGCGACUUUUAAGGCCACGUCUAGAGGUUAAAGAAGAGGAAGGAUUUGAUAGAAGUGAUGUAAAAAAAGCAUUGCUAGAAUCAUUAUAUGAGCAACGUAAGGAGGAACGUCGAAAAGAGUUGGAAGGUGAAUUGAGACGAUGUGGAAAUCGCAUCAGAAAUAGGCUUACUCAAAAGGAUCAAAAAAGAAACAAGAGGAAUGUACAUAGAUGUGAUUAUGGAAGCAAAAAAUACAAAGAAAAUUCGAAAUUAGCAGAAAGAAAAGAGAGAGGAAAAUCUGAAGAGCGUAUUUUAAAAAGCAAGAAUUUAUUGAGAGGAAAAGAAAAAGUAAAUAUUCAAGAAACAGAAAUAAAAGAGAAAGGAAGAGUGCGAAGUUUGGAAGUGAGAAAUAAUGAUACAGCAGUAGUGAAGAAUCGAGAGAAAGCAAAAAUUCCGGAAGUGAGAAUUAUUGAGCAAAAGGAAAAAACAAGCGAAGUUAUUCCGGAAAAAGCAAACACAAUCAUCGAGAAGGUGGAACAUAAAAACGUAAAAAAAGAUCUGGAUAUCGAGACGUUACCGUCAACCAGUGAUUUUGUCCGGUUCAUGUCAUUAGAUUACUCAGACGAUCCUGAAGAUAUUCCAAGGGAAUUGCGACAUUUUCGUGCACUUCCAUUGGUACCGGUUCCGGAAUUACCAUGGUCAAUCUCGAACAAAUGA